AUGGACUCCUCAUCCACCGCCCUCAGCCCACCAUGGAAGCUCCGCCGCAGAAAUUCUAUCUCCACAUCCGUCGUGGUCCCCACCAAUAUCAGCCUCCUCUCCCCCACCACUCCUCCCACUAAGCAUCUCCACGGCCUCCACACCUCCAGCUUCCCCGCCCAAAAAGGCGACUUCUCUUCCCGCCCGCCGCCGCCUCAGCUCAACCUGGAGCUCCUCUCCCUCAAGGGCUCCGAAUCCUACACGUCUCUCAAAGACCUCCUCCCCUCAUCCGCCUCCCCCUCCGCCGUGAACUCGCCUACCGCCGCCACUGCAGCCAACUCCGGCUACCAGAUCUCCAUCCGCAACCGCCUCGUGAAGCAGGCCGCCUGGGCCUACCUCCAGCCCAUGUCCUCCACCUCCGGCCCAUCAGGCCCAAACUUCCUCCGCCGCCUCUGCCUCAAGCUCUCUCCGUGCCCGUGCUUCUCCUUCUUCACCCACACCCUCAUCCCCUUUCUCUCCCAAGCAUUCCGCCGCACACUCCUCUGUCUCGGCCUCACCAGCUAA